AUGACAAGCAUUGAAGCAACAGCAGUAAAAAGUUGAAGCGAUAAAUUAUCAAGCAAGCAAGUUAAGCAUUUGUCGCCUGGUUGAUUGAAUUUAAUAUAUAACUAUGGCCGACGAUCUACGAAAUUAUACCUUACAAUUGCAACAGGUGGAGGCAGCGUUAUUAACGGAUCCACAUAACGAAGAACUUUUGAAGUUAAAGGCUGAUUUAGAAGAAGUAAUUGAAUUGACACAAGAUUUAAUUAAGACUCAAGACGGUGAUUCAAAAGUCUCUAAUAUUCAUGGUUCUAGUAAUAGUGAUGAUGUUACAGCGUCCCUGUUGGCUGCAGAGGAACGAGAUCCUGCAACUAGGCACUAUUCUAAAUGGAUUAUUGGCGAAAAAUGUUUGGCAAAAUGGAGAGCUGAUGGAAUGUUUUAUGAGGCUCUCAUUGAGGAGGUGCUAGAAGACAAUUUAAAAGUAAAAUUUGAUGGAUACACAACCUUGGAAGUGGUCUCAAUGACUGAUAUAAAGCCUUUAAAUUCAGGAAGUAAAAGACCACACAGUACUGAUGAAAGCAAACAUGGCAAAGGGUAUAACAGAGAGUAUUUAAAGAAAAAAAAGCAGAAGAAACAACAAAGAUUCAAACAGAUUGAAGAAGAACGAGAAUCUGAGAAGAAUAAGUGGUUAUCAUUUCAUACUAAGGCUUCUAAAAAACCUGGUGUCAGAACAAAAAGUAUAUUUGCUUCUCCUGAUAAUCUGACAGGGAGAGUAGGGAUUGGUACUUGUGGUAUAUCAGGUAAACCAAUGACUGAGUAUACACCUGGCGAAAAGUGGAAGAAAGGAGGAUAAAAGCUUAAAAAUUAUUAUAAUUGUAUCAUUGUUUAGUUUUAAUAGUCAACAUAUAGAAAAUGGCAGAAUAUCGUUAAACUUCAUCAAAACAUUUAUUUACUAGUGCAAAGGUUCAAAUCUGGCCAGAGGCUGAACAUAAAUAAUAUUGAAAACAUAUUUCCGGGACUAUUCUUCAUUUAUGAAUGCACAGAUAAAUAAACUUUAUUGUUAAUUUUGCUCUGACUCUUUACAUUAAUUUAUUUCAUGUAAUGAAAUUAUCAUCCCGAAAUAUUUAUACAAAAACAUGGCUUUGGAUUUUUAAUGCAGAAAAUGAGAGCUCCCGUUCUACCGAUUUUAUUAAAAUAAUUGAGCAAUAACUUAUAGUCUAGAUUACAGAGGAUUAUACGGCAAGGUAAAAGCAUAAAAUUAUUAUUUAUCUCAAUAGUGGUCCUUAAGACCAGCUUUAGCAACUAUCAUUUACAAUAUUUUCUCAAUGAAACAAUGAUGAAAUAUCCUAUUUGUCUGAUUUGAUAUAGAAUAUAGUCACUUGAAGAGGAAAACGUCUUAUCUUGAAAAAAUAUUGCUGAUGAUACCUAAACCUGUAUAAAUUUGAAUCAUUGUCAAUAGUUAAGCUAGUCAAUAAUCUGAGGUGACUUAGAACGAAAGAUCUAAAGUACUAGAUUGUGUCGUAAUCAAUGGUAGGGUUGGGAUCGCAUACCUUUUUCUCUUGUGUUAAUACUGCAAUUGCAAAUCUCUGUAAAUGUUUUACAGUACCAACUUAUUGUAACUUGUAUAUAUUAUAUGAGCUCUGUUAUUGUCUAACGAUAUUUUGUCGAACUUUUAGACAGGGUGUAAGGAAACGGCUCUUGAAGUUGAACCGGUUUAAAUUACUUGUUUCUUAACAUAAAUGAAGAAAAAAAAACUUAUCUAAUUAAAAAGUAUAAUUAUUGUAAAUACUGCACAAUAUAGAACCAAUGCGUUCUUGGUAAUCGCGUUGAGCCAAUCAUAGAAUGUUGAUGAUUGCAGACGGGUCCCCAUAAUGUAAGUAAACUAUAGGAUAUAUACCUAAUGUGUUGUGAUUGGUAUUACAAAAGUGUUACAAUAAUAUGAAAGAUUUUAUUUAGUUUAGUUUUUUAAAAGGUAAACGAGCAUAUGGCUAGUACUAUUCGAAGUUGUCAUUGUGGAAUGGACGUCAGCAAUGCCUGGCGCAUAUUCAAGCCGCUGCCCUUAUAUAAAUAAAAAAUUAAUACAAAGAUAUCUUAGAGCGAAUGAAAAAAAACAAGAAUGAUAUAAAGUUUUUCGAAUCAAUUUUUUUGUGUUGUAGUGUUAAGAAUCGCUUGCAUCCCAUCUGUGGCCCGGAGCUGUUCCCUCACACCUUGUCAUUAUAUAUGUUUGUAGUUUUGUAAAGGCCUAACUCACAAAGGUCAAUAACAGUUAAUGUGAGAUAAUUCCUUAUAGGAAUCCAUUUAACUGUAAAACGACAAACUUGGGUUUUAUAGCUUAAUCACCACAUGCCAUUGUCGUUGUGUAACAGGUGAUUAAGUAAACGAUGUUUACGAAUAAGCCGGUCAUAAAUCAGUUAUGUGCGUGUCGAAUAUGACAGUAAUACGCGUGUUUAUUGAACUGGUAAAGCUGAAAUAAAGUUUACAUUUUACACAA